AUGACAAAGACAGUCUGCAUUAAGGAGGCCUUUGAGCAAGCUCAGAAACCUCAUCAGAGUCAUGGAAAGCUAGUGACAUCUUUGAAGCGAACAUACAAUAAGUUGCAGGACAAGAUCCAUUUUCACAAGGAGUUUGUUCAUUACCUUAAGUAUGUCAUGAUAAUCUACAAACGGGAACCUGCAGUAGAACAAGUGAUCAAUUUUGUGGCCAAGUUUUUGGUUUGCUUCUAUGAGCCCGAGAAAGAUGCCAUUGAAGACAAAGAGGAGGAGGAGGAAGUGGAAAAUUCGUUCCUGAAUUAUUUGUUCAACUUUCUUCUUGAGUGUCAUAACGCUAACAGCAAAGGAGUUAGAUUUCGAGUGUGCCAGCUCAUUAAUAAACUUCUGGGGAGCCUUCCAGAGAACGCUCAGAUUGAAGAUGAGCUGUUUGAUAAAAUUAACAGUGCCAUGCUAGUUCGAGUGAAAGACCGUGUUCCGAAUGUGAGAAUCCAAGCUGUGCUGGCACUGGCCAGACUUCAAGAUCCGAAGGACAGUGAUUGCCCUGUAGUUAAUGUUUACUGCAGUUUGAUUGAGAGUGACUCCAAUUCAGAAGUCAGGCGUGCCGUGUUGUCCUGCAUUGGUCCGUCAGCUAAAACUCUGUCCAAAAUUGUUGGCCGUACCAUGGAUGUCAAAGAAGCAGUCAGGAAACUAGCAUACCAGGUUCUGGCCGAAAAGGUUCAUAUGAAAGCUUUGACAAUAGCUCAGAGAGUCAGACUUCUGCAGCAAGGGCUUAAUGAUCGAUCAGAUGCCGUAAAGGGAGUAGUGGAGAAGCAACUUCUGCAGGCCUGGCUGCGUCUGGCCGAGGGGAACGCCUUGGAAUUGCUUCAUCGGCUGGAUGUGGAGUGUUGCCCCGAUGUAGGGGUUUCAGCCCUCAAUGCCAUGUUUUCACUGUCUCCCUGCAGUGACUUGAUUAAAAAAUUUUCAGACCUCGGUGAAAGGAAAGUAAUUCCAGUAGAGAAACUAACUGUUGAGAAUGCUUUAUUCUGGAGGGCUCUUUGUGAGUACCUAAAAUCCAAAGGAGAAGAAGGAGAGGAGUUUUUAGAGCACCUUCUGCCAGAACCUGCUGUCUACGCAGAUUAUGUGUUAAGUUACCUUCAGAAUAUGCCGGUUCUCAGUCCAGACGAAAAGGAGGACAUGACCUGUAUAGAACACCUGAUGGCCAAAGAAUUUAUAGGUCGGCAGCUGAUUCUUCUGAUCGGCUGUAUGGAUACCACGGAGGAGGGAGGAAGGAAAAGACUUUUGGCCGUCUUGCAAGAAAUUCUGAUGAUUCCCACCACCUCAGCGUCCCUUGUACCGCCGGUUACGGAGAAACUGCUCAGUAUUCUGAAAGACGAUGAUCGAAGAAUACAGAUCGUUGCGGAGACCAUUUCAGAGGUUCGUGAAGCGCUCGUUACAGUCGACCAGCCUGUAGAUGCAGCCGCAAUAAGAAAGCAACAACUCAAAUUGGCGGAAAUAAAAGUGAAACUGAUGGAAGCAAAAGAUGCACUAGAGCAGAGUGUGGGUGCGCAGGACUUUAGCCAGGCAUCGUUGUUGAAGCAGAGAAUCCUGGAGUUGGAAAGCACCAAAAGCGACCUGUUAAAAGAGUCAGAGGAGCCUCAGACUAAAGAAGUCUCCGUGGAAAAGGACGAUCCUGAAACGCUGCUGAAAUGCCUGACGAUGUGCAACGAACUCCUCAAACAGCUCUCCCUUUCCAAAGGAUUAGGCCCAACCAUGGAUGGGAUAAUCGAAUCUUUGAUAAUUCCAGGAAUUAUGAACAUCCAUCCAGCUGUAAGAAAUAUGGCCGUUUUGUGUCUGGGCUCCUGUGGUCUGCAGAGCAAAGACUUAGCCAGCCAGCACCUUCCCUUGCUACUGCAGAUAUUGCAGAUUGAUGAAAUGAAGGUCAAGCUAAGUGCUUUAAAGGCCAUCUUUGACCAGCUGAUGAUGUUUGGGAUAGAACCCUUCAAAGCCAACAAAGGCGGCCAUUCCCACAGUGGAAAUGAGGAGGAUGAAAAUGGCCUGUCCGCAGAGGCGACCAAGGAAACUGAAGAAGAAGAGAUGGCUACCACCCACAACCUCCUUCAGCUUCUUUCAGGGUUCUUAGACAGCGAGGUUUCCGAACUCAGGACCGAGGCUGCUGAGGGCCUGGCCAAGCUUAUGUUCUCUGGGCGACUGAUCAGCGCCAAACUCCUGUCUCGACUUGUUCUGUUGUGGUAUAAUCCCGUAACUGAAGAAGACACUCAUCUCCGGCACUGCUUGGGCGUUUUCUUCCCUUCGUUUGCUUAUUCAAAUAGGGCCAAUCAGGAAUGCUUUGAGGAAGCUUAUCUUCCAACGUUGCAAAUCUUGUUCAAUGCUCCUGCAUCGUCACCCUUGUCUGAAGUGGAUGCAAGUAACGUCUCCGAGCUGUUUGUGGACUUGACAAGACCGAGCGGACUGAAUCAAAGCACAAAGGCUUCCCAGGAUUUCCAGGGCUUAACAGUGCACGAUAGCUUAGCGAUGAAAGUCUGCAAUGAAAUCUUGGCGGAUCCAAGUGCACCAGAUGUCCGUAUCUAUACCAAAGUUUUGAGUUCCCUGGAAUUAAAUAAAGAUUUCUCCAGAGACCUCCUGAUUCUGCUUGAUGAGGUUCUUGAGGUUGUGAAGGAUAAAACAUGCCUAAAGAUUAUUGAAAAAGUGAAGAGCAGCUUAAAUAAAGGAAGCCCCAUCAGUGGAGAAGUCUCUGAAAUAUCCAAAGAGACUGGCUCAUCUCCAGUAACUCAAGACAAGCAACAAGAGAGUGACGGAGCAAUGCCUAAUCCCAUUAAUCAAGAUGAAGGAGAAAAAGAAACAGCUGAAGCUAGUGAAGAGGGAGGGAGCACAACUGUGAAGCUGAGAUCAACAAGAAGCAAAGGUCCGAGAAAAGAGACAGUGGAAGCAAAGUCUAUGCCCAGAAGACGAAACUGUAGAAUUGUAAGGCCUGAAAGUGAAAGGGAAGCCAGCGAACAGCCUGUCCCCCUGGCCGGUGCAAGAUUAUCCCGCCGAGCAAAAACGGCAGCUCUGGAAAAAACUCGUAUGAACCUCUCAAAGCUUCUGGACCAAGAAUCAGUGGAAUGACAAACACUCACAAUGGUUGCAGUGGAUCCACUGUUGUAAUGUCUGUGUAAAAAAAGCGUAGUAACUCAUGUUCAUAAAGGUUGAGCAGAACCAGAAUACAAAAUGUAGAUGAACUAUGGCACGUUUUAAACCAGGACAGCUAUCUUUGAGAAACAUGUUCUUGUGUGGCUUUUUAAGAGAAGUCUGUGAGAACAGCCUUUUAAAAAAUACUAGCCAGGUUGUACUUUAAAUGCAGCUGACUUCCACAAUGCCUCAGAGGUCCAGCUGAUGGUGCCGGUGGAAAUGCCCGGUCUUUGUCGUAUUUGCAUGAAAUAAAGUG